GUGACAUCUGCCUUCAACCCGUCGAGCAGCGCGGGAAGCGCCGCAAAAAGGCACCGCGGGGACCGCAUCGAGACGCCUUCCGCUCGAUGGUGGAUGGCGCCCGGCAUGCGAAGAAUCGAAAUAUUGCUAUCUAUGCCGUAGUCUCCUUUCUCAGCACUGUGCUGCUGGAAAUUUUGCUGGAGGGAGCUACACGAAACUCCGGCGGGAAUAGUCACAGCCUGAUCGUUGCCUUGUUUCUCACUUUGGGUGAGUUUGUGGGCUGCUGCAUCUGGUCCAAAGUUGCGGGAGGCAACCUGAUAGAUCGCCCCAGUCAAAAGUUGGAUUUGAACUUCUGGAAGCCUUAUGUGGGUAUGUCAGCUUUACUUCUCUUGGGAUCAGGCCUACCAAAUUUGGCAGUGCACUGGGUCCAGUAUCCUCUCAAGGUCACCAUCAAAUCCUCCAAGUUGAUGCUGGCCAUGGCUGUUGCUGCCGCCUGCGGAAACGACCGGCACUAUAGCCUUAGUGAGUACUUCGUAUCUUUCCUUCUUGUGGUCGGAAAUCUCAGCUUCUCGUUCGGUUCAGGACGAACCGAUGCGCCCACACACUUGGCAGUGCUGGGUGUUGUUCUGCUGCUGGCAGCAUCACUGAUGGAUGUCUUGGCUGUAAACGCACAGCAGAGGAUGAUGCAAAAAGAUAUGGUGUCGCCAAUGUCAUUGAUGUUGCGUCAAAACUUCAUUGGUCUCGUGGGCUGUUCGAUCUUGGCUUUGAUUGUCUUUGCAUCGAGCGAGGAAAGCCUCACCAAUGAUUGGCAACAAGUACUAUGGUGCAUGUUUUCUGUUGGUCUCUGCACCGGAAUGUCUGCCUGGGCAAACACUCAUCUCGUGAAUGAAGCGGGAUCCGUUGGCCAGGCGCGGAUUUCAAGUUUUCGCAAGCUGGCUACGUUGAUCCUGUCAUACAUCCUGUUUCCGAAACCUUUCGAUCGGUGGCGCGGGGUCUGCAUUGCUAUGGUUGUAGUGAGUCUAGGACUUCUCCAUUCGCUGAAUCGGAGGGCCAAGGACACGCCCAAGAAUGCGUCGGCCGCAAACGACCAGGCGAAGAUCGUGCCUCUCAACAACUCUCAGCUACCGAUGCAGGACAUCGACUUGGAAGCCGCCAUCAGCGGCCAGGACAAGCCGAAGAAUGCUGCCCUGAACAACCAGGUGAAGAUAGUGCCUUUGAACGGAAACUCUCAAUUGCCCAUCAAGGACGUCGAUCUGGAAAGCUAUGGCCAGGACCGCGAUCUCGAAGCAACGCCAUUGAUUGCGAGCAGCGGCCCUCUGCCUCGCUGCGGCUCUGGAGGCUCUGAGUCGGACACAACGAGUCCUGACAGCAUCGAUGGCAGCGAUAGUCAGGACGAAAAGAAUGACUUGGGAAUGGGUGAUGGUGGUAAGCUGCCAUGAUCAUGAUGA